CCGCUACGGUCAACAUGAAGUACCUUCCUUUAAUAUUUUGUGUCGCUGUGGUGGCCAGCAAGCCAACAGGAGAAGAUGACGUUAUGAGCUCAGUUCUCGGAGUUGUCAAAGGUUGUGGAGACCAAGAUGUCUCUUUGUGUCUCAAGGAAAGAGCGUUGAGAUAUGCCGAAAACUUGGCAUCAUCUCGGGAGGUGAGCAUUUCCGACGGAAUCACUUUAAUUGGAACAGGGUCUUCUCGGUCGGCAAGAUCAUUUGAGCCUCUCUCGGAAGAACCAAGAGCUAGGGAGAGCCAAGUGGAAAAUAGGCUGGUAGAUGCUGCUGCAGACUUCUUGGAGAACCAUGUCAUUCAGUUCCGCAUGCCGAAGGGUACCGUUGAGGAUAUGAAGAGAUCGCUUGAAGAGGGUCGUGGCAAGAAGAAGAAGUUGAAGCAGCUCAUCCCAAUCUUCGCUCUUCUCCAGCUCAAAAUACAAUCUCUUAUUCCCCUAUUCCUUGGAAUCAUCGCCUUUGCAGCUGUCAAGGGUCUUCUCUUAGCCAAAACUGCUCUACUUGCCUCUGCUCUUCUUCUGCUCAAGAAACUUCUAUCGAAACACGAGCCUCAUGAAAGUUAUGAGGUUGUAGCUCACCCUCAUCAUGAAGAACACUACAGCCAUCCUAGUCCUCACACCGGUGGUGGAUGGGGCAGAUCCCAAGAUGCCCAAAACUUGGCUUACAAUGCCUACUCCGAUAAUUAAACCUAAGAUAUUCAACGGACCUCACAUUGAGAAUUAAUUUAUUUAAUUUAUUUAAAUUAUUAAUCGUAGGUUUACAAAUAUUAAUCUUUGCGUCACUAGUAUUCAUUGUACCUGUCUCUUUUUAUAGUACAAACACUUUGGUAGCUUUAAUAUCUGUAUCUCUUUCUUAAAAUAUAUAUUAUCUAUCUAGUCACCCUUCUUGAUAUAACAAUUCUUUACUAUUUACGUUUGUUCUCAUCACAAUAUAGCUUUUGUAAAUAUGUUUCAUAAAAUAUGUAAGUAUUAUUAUUUUUAUAGCAUCUUUAUUGAUAUUUUCAUCAUUUAUUCUGUUGUAUUUAUAUAAUAUUUCAUGCGCUCUAAAAGUAUCACAUUUCCCACCAUUUUCAUUAUUAUAAUCAUUACAUAUUCAGUCAUAUUAAUUUAUUAACGCUAGAUGG